UUCGGAAUCGUAUAAUGUAUCUGGACUUUGUCAUAUACUAAAAGUUUCAUUAUUGAUUAAACAAAAUGGCGCUUUGUUGGAAUUUUGCGUGUAUUUAUCUUUUUUAUGCGUUCCACUUUGUCAAAGGUUUGGAAACACAAAAACCGACCCUGAUUGCGACUCGGAUAGCUGCAAAUAAUACCAUCACACUGACUUGUAACAUUCUCGGAGGUACGGCACGCUCAGUUGGCUGGUACAGGAACCAAGGUCGAAUGGUCAUCUCUAUUGGUUACGUCAACGGCAUCUGUAAAACAAGUCCUCCUGAGCUGCCGUUUUCAACGGAGUGUCGGUGUUUGAAUAUAACCAUGUAUACUUGUACGCUGAUAGUGGAGCCGUCAGUGCAUAGCGGGGACGAUGGGAAUGCGCGUUUGCAGAUAAUGGAUCAACUAUCAAAAGCAACCAAAUAA